UCAACAUAAAGGUCUAACGUUUAAUAUGUUUGUUAGUUAAUGACGAAGAAGACGAAAAUUCGCAAGAGUAUAAAAGACCGAAGUGAUGUAAUAUCGGAUGAAGAUAGGAGAUGGGAUCUUUACGACGAAGCAAGUACUGACGAAGAAAUGAAGAGAACGGAAGAAGAAGAAGAAGAAGAAGAAGAAAAAAAAGACCUACCAAGUUGCCCUAGCUCGCUAACGGAAGACUUAAACCUAUCCUAUGAUGGAAAAUGGUUGAGAAAAUAUAUGAAGAUACCUUUGAGAAUGGCAUUCAAAGAAAUCGUAGCAAAAAAGCCUUACGAUCCGGUGGGCUACCUAGGCUUUUGGUUACUUAAUUACAAAAAAAAUCUAGAAGACAAUAGACGAUUUUUAGAAUUAGAAGAAGAAUUAUAUCGUUUAAGAUGCUUGAUGAUACAACCGAGCAAAAAGAUCGAAGAGGUUCCUGAGAUCGCAACGGACGAGGAAGAGGAAAACAUUGACGUGGAUUGGAAUUUUCAACGUUACAAUAAUAAUUACUAGUAGACAUAAUUAACUUUAUUGAAAUCCAUCAAUUUUCUACAACAUCUUUGGUUCAAUCAAUAUAACGAUAGAAUACAUACUGUACAAUGAUGCAUUAAAUAAAGAAGAGGAAUAAGACGUAAGAAAAAAAAAAAGAAAAAAAGAAAACAAAAAUGAAAGUUUCCAAACAAUUUCCACUCUGCAGUAUUAGCGAACGUUCGGUCUUCUGUCGGACCACAUCCUCGAGACUACUCCUAGCACGUACGAGGCGUACACGAAGCUCGUUGGAACUUACUAUCGUGCCGAGAGAUGGUGUCGCGCUUGCAGAAGCUAAAGCUCGUUUAUUUCCGGCGCAAAUCGAGCAUCUUCGGCAUCGCUUCGCGCUCCUCAUGCGGGGAUGCGCUCAGUUCGAAUCGCGCAGCCGCUCGUUCUAUCUCGGUGGGCGCUUCAUCGAAAAGCGUAGAAAAAAAGGGAAGAAAAGCGACGGACUAGAGAGGGCGGCAGGGAGUAAAGUGAAGAAGGAUAGAGAGAGAGAGAGAGAGAGAGAGAGAGACGAAUAGAUAGAUAAAUAGAUAGAUAGAUAAAUAUAUAGAUAGAUAGAUAGAUAGAUAGACAGAGAGGAAAGAAGAAGGAAUUAUCGAAAGGUUCGAGUCGCGAUCGCGUCGCAAGAGGAUGAAGGUUCCUCGAAGGCGCGCGAUCGCGGCACGAUGGGUGAUAGAAAAGUAUAGAAAGUGCUGCUUGGUCGGACGCGUGUCGAAGGAGCAAAAGGAGGAAGAGAAAGAGGUGGUAGCAGUAGUAGUGGUGGCAGUGGUGGUGGUGGUGGAUGUGGUAGGUGCCCCCUCUCGUUAUUGACGCGAGGGUUGGCCGAAAGCGGCGGCCAUGUCGGUCGAACGGUUCGCGUCUUGAUCGCCGGAUGGCGCUGCUUCCGUCGUCGCUUCCGUUGUCGCGGUCCACCCUGCCUGCGCUGGAAUGCCCUCGAGGAGGAGGAGGAGACCGUCGAGCUUUUCUACGGGGCCCCUUUACGCGUCGCGAUCAGGUGACUACAUCCUAGUCAGACUCCAUAUCCGGCUGCCUCGUCGUUUCCGUGUUCUCCUCGCGUCACAGUUAUCGCGUUUAUGAGCGAUCGUAUGUGCUAGUGUCGAAGGGUAAAAGAAAAUAGGAACUAAGGCACGGUAUUGAAGAGAGACCGAAACGAGAAAGAAAUUGGAAGAGGAUAGUGUGAAAAAG